CGCGGAGCUCCCUGGGCUUCGGCUGGAGUGGGAUGGAUCUCGUUCCGAAGCCAGCGCUUACGAUCGCAGGAGAAAGCAGUCUCACGCUGGGCGGCAACUCGACCCAAAGACGGGAGGCGGUUUACCUUAACGGCUCAACGACACAGGCUUUAAUGGGCUCUAGCCUUGAGGCAACUGCAACGCAUGUGUAGUUGUUUGCAAACGCAUAUAUCUUAGCAUUUCGAAGUGGACGGGAGAAGUUUCGUAUUUCACUGAGGAGUAGGUUCCCAUCAGUAUCACUCGGGUGCCGUUUUGCACAUGAUGCGCAAACUGUCAUAUCGCUGUCUCCACGACGUCUGAGAGAGACGUGCAGGAAGCGUCUCACGUUUGCGAGAACACGCUUAGGAUAUCAUCUUGUUUAUUUGUUCGGAAAUAAGUGCCAGAAGUACGCUGCAUAUGCUUUGCAAAAUGAAUGUCGUGGUUCUAAAUCUCCACUCGAGUCGUCAGUAGCUUAAGUGGCUAUAUCUUUGGGCAUUUUGCGUCAAUUAGUUUAUAGUUCGUGUAGAAAAUUCUCUUUCUUUGUGUUAAUGGAGUAAGUGAUGAACUGAUAGCUCCAUCGCUUCCCGCCCAUGACACCAGCUCUUGGAUGUUAAGAAUUCUAGAGAAUGGUAAAUGAUCGAUGGAAAAUCAUGAACAGUGUUUCAGAACUCGAAGAUGGACAGCAGCACAAAUCUCAGAGGAUGAGCUGUAGCUAUCUCCUGUGCACCAUCCUGCUCUUUGUAGCCGUGCUGCUGGCCAUCACGGUAACUGGCACCAUCCUGCUGAUGAACCACUACCAAGCACCGUCCAGGCCUGACGGUCCACCUCUCAUCAGCACCAACCAAGACGAGGGCAAUGCCCUGGUGACGGUGGAGCGGGGCGACGGCUCACGCAUCAACAUUUUCAUUGACCCCAACUGCCCCGACUACAACAGCAACUUCCUGCGGCUGGAGGGCGUGCAGACGUCUCUGCUGCAUUCGCUCACCGAUCACGACACGGACCUGAAGUCAGUGAAGGGCCAGGACCGGGCGCUGCUGGUAAAGCUGGCCGAGGAGGUGGCCACGCUGUCGGCCCACGCCAGCCAGCUGAAGAUGGAGUACAGUGCGCUGAGGCAGGGCCAGGGUACCAUCGGCCAGGAGAUCAACACGCUGCAGUCGGAACAGGGACACCUAAUCCAGCUGUUGUCAGAGAGCCAGAUUAACAUGGUGAAGGUGGUGAACUCAGUCACCGAUGCACUCAGCUCCGUACAAAAGGAGACGGGCAGCACGAAGGGCCGUCUGAAGGCAGACCUCCAGCGGGCCCCAGUGCACAGCGCCCGGCCCAAGGGCUGCCCCAGCGGAGAGGGCUCUCGACCUCGGGACUGCAGCGACAUCUAUGCCAGCGGCCAGCGCGAGGACGGGAUCUACUCUGUGUUUCCCAUACACUACCCCGCAGGCUUCCAGGUCUACUGUGACAUGACCAGUGAUGGAGGCGGCUGGACGGUGAUCCAGCGCAGAGAGGACGGCUCGGUAAACUUCUAUCGGGACUGGACUGCUUAUCGUGAGGGCUUUGGGAAGAUCACUGGAGAACACUGGAUAGGCCUAAAGCGGAUACACGUGCUCACCAUUCAAGCAAACUACGAGCUGCGCGUUGACCUGGAGGACUUUGAAAACAGCACCUCCUUCGCGCAGUACGGCUCCUUCGGAGUGGGUCUCUUCUCCAUUGACCCUGACGAGGACGGCUACCCGCUGACCAUAGCUGACUACACGGGCACGGCCGGUGACUCCCUGCUGAAGCACAACGGUAUGAAAUUCACCACAAAAGACAAGGACAAUGACCACUCGGAGAACAACUGCGCCUCCUUCUACCACGGCGCCUGGUGGUACCGCAACUGCCACACGUCCAACCUGAACGGGCAGUACUUGCGCGGGCAGCACACGUCCUACGCUGACGGCAUCGAGUGGUCCUCCUGGACCGGCUGGCAGUACUCGCUCAAGUUCACCGAGAUGAAGAUCCGGCCCACGCGCGAGGACAAGUAACCGAGAGCAUGCCAGUGGAAGGAGCCGGACAAGCAGGAGUGCAUGAUGGAUGUAGGAGAGAGGAGCUGAGGAUGCUGCCCAUAGGAAGUGUGUGAGGACUGUGUGACCAUGUAAUGUUCUCCCCUGUUUUUGCGUGGAUUUGACUCCGAUCCUUUUUUCCGAUGUCCUAACCCAAUACAUCACAUUGUGCAGUAUUAGUCCUGCAGCACAUUAGAGAACUGCUCUGCCCUCACUCUCCUGGUCACUUCUGUGAAUAAUUAUUAGGAAAUAAUUAAGUUAUUGUCCUUUUAAGAAAAAAAAGUGAUUGUUGAUAAAAAAAAAUUAAAAAAUUAAAAAAAAUUACAAAAUAGGGACUGAGUAGAUGUUGGAAUUUAGGAAAUGUGUAGCCUUUUGUUUCAGAAGACAAAGAAUCAUCCCUUUUCCCAAAGAGAUCCAGGGUUGUCUUUGGGAUGGAAUGCGAGUUUUUCUAUUCCAUUUCAUUGCCAUCCUUUAGGUUGAUGCUUUGUCAGGUGCUAGUAGCUGGGAACGGGUGACCACCGCCACCUACCUCUCCUAUAGUGAGGAAAGACCAUUGCCGCGGCAACUCUGAGUAAUGGGCCAAUCAGAACAAUUUUUCAUCCUUGACAACUCAACAGCACCAUAAAACGUACAGCACAAUUACCAAGGUGCUUAUCAGAGGAGUGUCAGUGUGCUCUACACACAUAAAGUCCGCUGUUCAUGGAGGGUUUGUUUUGUCAUGUUGUUUUGGAAUUAUUCAUGGUAACCUGGGGUGACAGUAAGAUGGCUUGAAUCAUGUUACUGUUUAGGGAAUGCUCUGAGGAGUAAAGUAUACAGUCGAUAAAUUACUAUAGUUUUGUUCAUUGAUAACUGACAGAGCACAGCAGACUAAAUCCAGCAUCUACUGCAGGUGUUUUCAGUAGCAUAUUUGCUAUGUCAUUUAGUUUCUAAGUCAUUCAGUGGUUUACCUGCUUGACUCUCUUCCUUUGACAUCCUCUAUGUUUUGCCAUGAAGUCACAGAAAUGCUUGUUUUCUGUGCUUUUUGAGGGGAACGGUGUUAUAAAAUCAGUGCUUUCCAUUGAUGUUUUGUCCCCUUCUCAUGAGGAGAGAGGGGGAUUUCACUGUAGUGGCUCUGCCAUUUCCUCAAGCACAAGGCUAGUAAUGCUUUUCAUAAUAAUCAAAAUGAGUUUACGUUGAAUAAAUCUUCAUGCAAAUUGCACCACAAACCUCUGCACUGGCCAUCCAAUCUUUUAAACAUUUUACAUAAUUAAUUCAUGUUAAAUCGGUCUAGUUCAUUUAUAAAUCAGUUUUGCAUUUCUGCAACUCAGAGCUGAAAUUAAUAAAUCUAAAUAAAGACGCAAACUCUCCCUGAUCAAAAUAAAUUGGUCACCAAGUUCAUAUUGAAUGAGUCACGGACUGAACACUGAAAGAGUUAUGCACACAUAAUAUGGUGUUAAAAUCUUAGAAAUAUGUAUGCUAUUUUAUCUGUUUGUUCCAAUGUAAUUGUAAAUUGAUUAUCGUCUGAGGUGGAAGGUGUCUGCACUUUAAAAAAAACCCAACUGUUUUUUGUAGUAAUGUGUCACCUUUAUGUUUCUGCUCAAAAAAGAAAUGUAAGAAGUGACUGUGGUCCAAAGAGAAGGCAACAGCUUUUCCCCCAUAGGAUGAGAAGCAGUUCUGCGAGUUUAGUCACAUCACUUUUGCAAAGACUGAAAUGUAAAGAAAUGUCUGGUUAUUCUGUGAAAGGUCAAUAUUUAUGUGCUGAAAACCCAACUCACUGUCAAAAGAGCCUGGAAUUACAGUCCAAUAAAUAACUGUCAGUGAGCCAUCAAAGGUAAUGGACUGAGGCAAUCUGACAGGUUAUAUCAAGAUUAUGACAAUUUUACUUUCUCAAUAAGUAGAGCCUGGGGCCAUAGCUAGCAGUCAUUGCUGAAAAAAUCCUUUUUACAAUGCGUGAUGCCCUAUAAAUGGAAUUGGUUUGACAGCUAAAAUAUUCCCCUGAGACACUGGUGGAGUUGGGUUUAUGCUACAAGUGUUCCUAUAGCCUGUCUGACCAUGGCCGUGCUAAUUACAAUAUCUGGACUGUUUCACUGGGCAUAGCAAUGAGUGCAGAGCUCUUCACGGCCUCCCUGCAUUUGUGCUCCUCCUGGCAGUGUACUGCCAAACAUGAGAGAAGGUCGCAGCCGCUUGUGGUGCUGAACUAUUGCCACAGCCAAAUGUUAGAGUUAGUUAGAGUUAGAGGCUUACAGUCAUUUUUUUAAAUGCAAAAUGAGAAGGCCUGGGAGUGCCCCAGUGGGAAAGACCAGGUGAUGUCACUCCCAGAAGUCAGGAGCCCCCUGCUGGACAUGUCUGGAACUGCACCCAUCCUGUGGCCCGUGACCGCUCGACCAUUCAAAUUCGCAGUGAAAAAUUGCCCAUAUCUUUGAUUCAGACAUUCAUGACAGGAUGCUUGUGUUGCUCUGUUCUUCUGCACAUCCUUUGCCUUCUCUAAUGCCAGCUGCUUGACGCUGUCCAUCUCCGCCAACAAAUAUUAGAUGGUUAAUGGCUUUCGCAAAUUAGGAAACAGUGUGAACCAUGCUGGGAUUUGCUUUAGAGGAACUUCAGAAUCUGGCAUGCUCCCAGGCAACGGGCUCUCUCACAUUCCAGCAUACCUUCUUGUCUUGAAGGCGUACAUCCUACUUUUUCUUUCCUUUUUCAGUUUUGUCCUAUGAGUCCGGUUCAGUGCUCUGAGUGAUAUUUAAUAAACCUUAAG